CAGCAAUUAAGGUUUCCAAGGUUCGCGCGAAUUGAAUGGGGAAACAUCAUCAGCCCAUUUCAAUUCCAUUUCAAUUCCAUUUCCAUAUUUAACUCUUCCACCAUUAACUCUCUCCCGCUACCUACCAAUCUCCUCUCAAUCGAAUUCUUCGGAAUUAUACUUCGCAAUGGCAAUCAAACCUAUUACUGGAAUGCUCCGAAGGGGCCUCGUUACUGAUCUCAGCAUUGCGCUCGGUCUUGGUGUCACAUUCGGCAGUCUCUACUGGCACGGAUACCACAUGCCGCGCACCCACGCACGAGACAACUUCUACAAGCAACUCGAGCAGGAACGAGCCGCCGCACGAGCCGUAUGAAAUGAUAUCAACGACGAAGGAUUAGAGCGAGGAUAGCAAAAUCAUGCUUGCGAAGUAGGAAGAAAGAAAGACUAGAGACAAUGCACAUACCUUUUCUAGCGUGUGGUUCGAGGUUGGAAUAGAAGACGGUUGUGCUUCGGAUGCUUUUGGACGGCCGAUUGUAUUAUACGAACGAGUAUCCACCUACCGAAUUCAGACUCCCUCGAACAUCAACGUUUAUUUUGUCUAUUGUGAUUAUUACUGACGUUGGAUUCAUAUAUUGGCAUUGAGGGUGAUACAUCUUUUGAUUAUGGCAUGAGUUCGUAGAUACGGUAUGUCGCUAUAGCGACGCUCUGGAAGGGAUGGUGAGUUAUGUGGCUCCCUAGAAGGGAAUACUCCCGUGUGGUACGAACAUUGAUCGAUUAUGCUGUAUCCUGGUGAAUGGGAGUCUACGGAUUCUCUUGAGAUAGGUUGGCAAUAGGAGUUAUGGACUACUACGUACCGACUGGUGUAAAUGCUUCAGUGACUUGACACUAUUCUAUGCCAAGGGGGGUCGAUUAUAUUCAAUCCUCCAAUCCUAUAGUGAUUUGUACAAUAAAUAGAUGCUUAAGUUGAAGGAUGACCCUGAUACUAAUUGAUAGUUUAUAUGCGGAAAGGUUGAGACCGAGUUAUAAGACAUUCAUAAU